AUGGCCUCCCCCAGCUCCAGGGACCCCAGCCCGUCAGGGCCAGGCUCCCCCCUCCAGUGCUCUCUGGGCUUUUUCCGCUUGGUUAUGGGGUCCGGAGCCUUCAGGGCCAAACCCUCCCUGUGCCUCCUUGUCCCUGCCCUAAUGCCGUUUGGCCCCGCCAAGCCCCCGGAGCCCGCGUUCCCCGACAUCUAUGGUGGAGAUGCCCAGCUGUGGGAGGCGCACUUUCGGGGCAUCGGGCGUGCCUACCGCGCGCUGGGCAAGGAGGACGACUUUGCCAUCCGGGUGCUGACCGAGGACUUCACGCUGCCCUUCCCCUUCGCCUGGCCGCCCGGGCCCGACCCCGCGCACGGCCCGCCCUUCUACGACCCGCACGACCGCACCGGCUUCGACUUCUUGCUGCGGGGUCCUGGCGCGCUGCCCCCCGUGCUGCUGCGGCCCCUACAUGCCACGGCCCAGGCGGCCCUGCGCAAGAGGCGCCUGGAGCAGCUGGCGCUGAGCUAUGCCAGCGCGGGAGCAGGGCACAGGCCUGGCCUGGUGCUGGUGGCACCCGCGGCCGGCCCCACGGUGAAGCCCGAGCCCAGUGCGCCUACUGGGGUGGCCCCCCGGAUGGGCUAG